GAAGCCUGGAUUUCAAAAAGUUACAGUUUAGAAAGUUCAAAGUUUGUUUGUUUUUUAAUAGUGAAAGUGUUGUUUUUGUAGCAGGUCUGCUGCUGAUAGCUAUUUUCCACCUUUGUGAGCUGACAGAGAGCUGCAAUGGCACACAGUGAGUCCGGGGCUGUUGUGAACGGAACUCAGGUGUCCUAUAUUGGACAUGAUUGUGAGCUGGUCCCAGAAUUUCUUCCAGCUAAUUAUGGAAGCUCUGCAAAACGACUAGAUCUUAGCUUCAACCGACUCAGGUCACUGACAGGCCUGAAAGCGUUCAGCCAACUGGAAGAGCUGAUUGUGGACAACAAUCUUCUCGGAAAUGACCUCCGGUUGCCCAGGUUACCACAGCUCCAUACCCUAACACUCAAUAAGAACCAACUCUCAGACAUUGAGGCCUUGCUUGAGCAUUUGCAGGAAGUGACACCAGCUCUAGAGUACCUGAGCCUGCUGGGAAAUGAGGCCUGUCCCAAUCAGCUGAUCAGCCUGGAUAAAGAUGAGGAUGAUUACCAGAGAUAUAGGUAUUUUGUGCUGCAUAAACUGAGGAACCUGAAGUUCUUGGACAGCAGGAGAGUGACUCAGAGAGAACAUCUGGAGGCCGAGGCCCGCGGCGCAUUCAUGAAGGUGGUCAGGCCCAAAACUGAACAGGAUCUCAGUGAUCGCAGAUCAGACACCAUUUCUAUGCCUUAUACUCCUCUACCAAGAUCCAAAGAUGCAAAAAACCCCAAAGGGGUGUUUGCCAAGUGUCGCUACAUCUACUACGGCAAGCAUUCAGAGGGCAAUCGCUUCAUCCGCAAUGACCAGCUCUGAUAAACACACGGACAGGCCAGGAGCAGCGGAGCUUUAUAAAGAUGUCUUCCUGUGUGUCUUUAUUAAUAUCCACAUCACCACGUGCAUUUUAAGCAGCUGAACACAGCCCUCUAGUGCCUUGUGCUGAGUGCACCAUCCCUGCCACCUCUCAUCUCUCCCUCACUGCCUGAGCCGUGCCACUCACACUGACAUUAUUGCCUUUAAGCAGCCCUCACACACACACACACACACACACACACACACACACACACACACACACACACACACACAUAUCCAAGUGACUAUGCUGACAGCUACUGCUUCAUGAUGGAUUGCCUGAUCCAACUGCUACACUCUACAGGUCAAAGGUCACACCUGAGGCUGCAGUGUGCCCAUGAGGAUACACAGGAUGAGCCCUCCUCAAAGUCAAAGCUAAAGUUAAACACGCAGAAACACACACACACACACACAGACUCUUCAUUCCACUUAUUCACAUCAGUCGAUUUCUCUUGAUACAUGGAGUCUACAAAAACACAGCACUGUACAUGACUUUAUCGACUUCUGUACUUUUUUCGGAAAGCCAAAAACUUCUUAACUCAGGAAGUGCAUCCAAAAUUCAGUGAUAAUGUCUGUAAUUGCUUCUCAGCAGUCACUGGUAAUAUUGUUCAGAACCAUUACUUUCAAAUAAUUUGCUUUAAGCAAGUGUAACUUUUGUAAGAAAAAAAAAACAUUUGAUGAUCAUGUAAUCCUACAUUUAUGACAUUUUAUUGGCAAAUGAAGGGCUUUUACAGGCACCUUGCACUGUGGCCUUGUGUGUGGUCAUGUACAUGUGCUGUUUUUAAGUUUUGUUUGUGUGUGUGUGUAUCGUGUAUAUGUGUGUGUAUUGUGUGUAUAUGUGUGUGUGCGCGCGCACAUACACUAUGUGAAGUUGGUGUGUUGCGGGGGCAGAUGUUUCCGCGCAGGAGCCUGGAGGAGCUGGGAAAGUGCGUGGUAAUGAGCUUUGCUCUCGUUGCUUGGGUCCAGGAGAGGGAAAAGAGAGACAGGCGAGACGGAGCAGCAGGACUGAGGGGAGGGAGAGAAGUCAACAACUUCUUCAAUUCCACUUCUGAUUGCCUCCUCAUGUGAUAUGUUCACUAUUUUAAUGACUUGCUCUGUAACUUUUGUUCAUGAAAAAAAAAAAUCCCUAACAGCUUUUUCUACAUUGAUUCUGCAGUGGCCUUAACAUUUAGGGUAAGAUAUUAUACAUCAAGUGAAUUAAAUACUGUACGCUCAACAGUACUGCUGUUUUCAUACUGCUGUU